AUGGCGUAUAUUCAACGAAGGAAAAACGAAAAUGGCCCCAGGCGCAGAGAUGUCAAAGAACGCACCAUGAACAGAUUUGCCGCAUUGGAUGCGGACAUAGCAUCGAGAUACGACUUCGAGGAUGAGGACGAAAGGUCCUUACCAAUCAAUGUUAAUAAUGUGAGCUCUUUCUUGAUUUUUUGGUGUUUAGGUGAUAAAAUGAAUGCUAGAAGCUGGCUUAAGUUAUAAUGCAACUACUGUAUACUUUUGGAAUUUUCAGCGAGCAGCGGUCAGACUUGUCAGAGGCGGAGGCGCUGCGUUGGUCCGAAAUCGUCAGCUCGCCCGUCAAUCUGGAGGCACGGGACGACGAGAUACGAUAUUCCAAAUCACUGUCCGGAACCAAGGCCGAGGCGGUAUUCAAUUUGUGGCUCAAGCUCUUUCCGAACAUGUCUCCGGCUUCUUGCCCUUCAUGUUUGAUCUGGACUCUUGCAAGAAUGUGACAUUCUUUGUCCUCACAGAAGAAGAGAGCGAUAAUAUUAAGGUCCUCAGUAGGAGAUUGACGUAUCCACCAGGAUCGAAUCAGAAGUUCCUAAUUUAUUCGAAGCAAUGCAACGCACCGUGGGAGUCGUUGCCAGCCAAUUUAAGACAACAUAUCAAAAGGGUGGUGGAUAGCCGGUUCAAUAAGGCUGCCAAUUCGAUCGAUCUAAGCGAGUUUCAACAUGAUAAAGGUAAGUUUUUAUGUGAUUUUUUUGAAUCUUUAUUUUUAGUUUUUAUUCAAAACGACGUCGGAAAUCUUGUUUCAUUGACUAGAAAUGCUGUGAUGGUGGAAGUAAUAAAAAUUAUCAACGAACAUUACAACGGAAUUUCCGGAUUAAGUCUCAAGGUAAGAUUUUGAACUAAUUAUGUGAUGAUUAUUUCAUUUUUAGGGAAAUAGACUCAGCAUGUUAGACACAGCGAUGAGUCUUACUUUUGCCGCGCCGGGUAUCGUCGAGCUGGAUUUGUCCAAUAAUCAGGUAUGUUUUCUUUUAGUUUUUUGUCUAUAGACGGCGUUAGGAGGACAGUGGUGCUUUAAGUCGUCAUAUUGUACUUGACCCGUUGUCAUGGUUAAUAUGAUUUUUAUAGAUCAAAGCCGUGGAACAAUUGGAUAAGCUCAGAAAAUGGGGAGUGGAACGUCUGCAUCUCGAGAACAAUCCAUUCACUUCCGAAUACGCCGAUGGAUCGUCUUAUACAAGGUUUAUUUUGAGAGUAGAAGCGGGCUGAAUUUUGAAUGUUUGGAGAGAGAUUUUGAGUUGAAACAUGAUCUUUGAGAACUGAUUAUAAUAUCAGGGAAAAGAUUUGCCCCAGAGUCUAAGAACUCCAUGAAAAAAAAUGGAUUCAAGGAAAAGGGCUUUUUUGAAGAGGUUCGAGAAUUGCGAGAAAAAUAGAAUGGGAAGUUGAGAGGUGGUGAUAGAUUAUGAACAUACUUUUUUGGUGAAUUUCGGCGGAAUUUUUUUUGUUUUAGAGAUUUGACUUUCUCAUAUAUGAAAAUCGAAGGUUUUAGUGUGAAUUGAGGUCAUUCUCUGCGUUAUAUGUGGCUGCUAGUAUGAAGAAGUUAUGUGGAGUGUGUUUAACCCAAUAAACUAUCUGAUCGAAGGUUUGUUGCCGGUCUUUGUCAAGUAUAAUAUAACAAAACCUAUUGAAACCGCAAUAACUCAUCGAUCAGAUGUCUCACGUCCCCAGCUUGAUGCAUGUGUGGUCUGAACUUGAUUCUGAAGGCAUUUUCAACACAAAUUGUCUGAGUUUCACUAUGAUCUGUCUUACUUUAGAUAACACUGAUUUCUUUAAUUUUUCUUUUUGUCGGCAUGUUUCUGGUUUUUACACAAUGUUUUAGCGCCAUUCACGACUACUUCCCCAGAGUGUCGUACCUUGUAAGUUUUUUGUGUUGUCGUUUUAUAGGCAUGGAGACCAUGGUGUUGUAGUUGAUUUGAGCACUUAAUGAGCCUUUUUAAGGAUGGGACCGUCGUACACUGCAACCCAUACAAAAUCAACGCCGAUCUUCAACGACGGGCUGGAGUUCCAUAUCCUCCAGUGCAGGUAGGCGAUGUAUUUUUAUAUAGUGUUUGGUAUCAGUUCAAUUUUUUUUGUUUUACUGAUAAUAAAUGGUUGAACAUGUCGUACUAAGGCGUUAUCUUCCUUUUCAGCCUGGAUUCGCGCCAGAUCAAGCUUUAAAACAGGCCGUGGAACAGUUCUUGGCUCAAUUUUUCGAGCUCUAUGAUGAUCCUCAGCCCUCCAGAAGCCGGCAGAAUUUGAUCCACGCCUAUGAUGAUAAUGUAAGUCGUGUGGGGUAGAGAAAGUUGAGUUUGAUUAAAGGUGUAUAAAUGAGAUUUUUAGGCGGUCUUCACCCAUUGCAUCCAGAUGAUCCCUGAUAACAGACCGGUGCCGAAAGGCGAUGAGUAAGUGACUUUUAAUCCCAUAUGUCUUUAGCAUGUUUUUUCCACGUGCCAUAGCUUAACAUAGUCCUGAAUGGUCUAUUAUGACAUGAGUGAUACUUGAAUUUUCAUUUCACUUAUCUUCAGAGAAGCCUUCCGCCAGUACAUCAGAUCCUCACACAAUAUUGUACACGAAGCCAAAUGGGAAAAGUACCGCGAAAAAGUGAUUUACUGUGGCUCUAUGGAAAUCGCCGUGGCUCUGUCCCGCCUUCCUGUAACUCAGCAUCUCAAGGACAGCUUCAUGCUUGACUUUGUUUUUAUAUCCAAUGCUCUGAUGGUCUUCACAAUCCGAGGAAUAUUUGUUGAUGGAGAAGAUGUCACAAAACCCGCCUCAGAGAAAGAUUUCAAGUUUUUCAACCGAACAAUGGCUGUGGUACCGAAGGGAGAGGGGUAAGGAAUAUUUCGAAAGGCGAUUAGACCUUACUUUAGUGGUUAAGGUUGAUUUUGGAUUAGUCUUUUUUAAGUACUUACGGUAAUAUAAUAUGUUGGUGUUUCAGAAAAAUGGCUGUGGUAAAUGACCAACUAAGCAUAUCACCGGUUACUACGGAUCGUGUGGAACGUUAUAAUCGGCUAAUCAAAAAGGCCAUGGAAGCGGUGAGUUGGAUUUUUUAAAGUUUUUUUGUUUCUGGAUUGAAGCGGAUUGAUGUCAAAUUUUUUUUCAAGUGAUUGUAAUGGCAGAUAAAAAAGUGCUCCUUCGAUAGUUCAAGAAUUUUUGGAAGGAAAAAAUCAGGAAUUGUCAAGGAUAAUAUAAUUUCUGGCCAUUUUUUAGCCAAGCGAUCCCCAGCCAAACUCUUUGGACCUGAACCAACUGAAUGUGAACAGCGUGCAACAACCCGGCCCAUCCGGUCUCCAGAACCUGAAAGUGGAGCCUCAGCCGGCCCAGCAAGCCCCACCGCCAACGCCGGAUUAUGACGUAAAUGAUCCGAAUAUUCGAGAACAAAUGAUCGUCGCCUUUUGCCAGCAAUCCGGAAUGAACCGGGAAUGGAGCCAAAAAUGCCUGGAAGAGCUGGCUUGGAACUUUGAGGCCGCAGGCAACGCCUUCAACCAAUCCAGAGCCCAAAUUCCACCAGAGGCAUUCCAGCAGUAA